AGAGAGAGAGAGAGAGAGAGAGUGAAAUCAAAUAUCAAAAUAUAAGCGAAGGGAAAAAGGACGAGUCCUAAUUGGUGGAGAACUUGGGCGGUUUUCAGUUUCAGUUCUCUCACCCGCCACACUCUUCCCGCGUCCUUCUUCUUCCUUCUCUGCUUUCUCUCUCGCUUGCUAAUUUUGGCACUCUGUUUUCUCUCUCUAAAUUCAGUUCUAUCUUUCUCCUUCUCAAUGGAUUUGGUUGCUCCUCCUUUUCUAUGUAUUUCAUUGGUUGGAUUUGACGGGUCGCUAAAACCUCUGCUUUUAUUGUUCAUGUUCAAAUUUUUGUAGUAGAAUUCAUGAGGCUUCCGUACCCACUCGUGCUUUCUUUCCCAAUUGACGCGUGGUUUGGUUCUGGUUCUCCUUAUCGCUGCUCUCGGCUUCCAUACUUUCAAGAAGGUGCUUUUUUUAUCUUGUGACUAGGGUUUUCCUCAUACCACACUUCUAUCUCGUUUGCUUUUCUGUUAUUUGGAAAAACAAGGCCGGUUUAGCUUCUGCUCGUCGUCUUAUACCGAAUACCCAGGUCGUGUAAGUUUUAUUCCGUUCGUAUCUGAAAGUUGGGUUCUCGCUUAUUAAUAUUAUUAUUAUUAUUAUUUUUUUCACGAGAGACUGAAAAAUUUCCGGUGCGUUGUUUUUUGGGUUUGCGUACCGGAAUUAAGGGUUUUCUUGUAUUGUGUAUAUGGUUUAAAUUUGGGUAUAUUCUAGCUGGAAUUCUGCGACUUUUUCUUUGUCUAGAGAAUCUGGAGUUCUUGGUAUAGGAAUUCUGUCAUUUUUUUUUUCAACUCGUAAGCGGAGGAAAAAGAAUGUCUUUGAAUCUCUCUCGUGGUUCAAUUUUUCCAACUUAUUUUCCAGAGCGGAAUUUGAUUCCCUCAAUUGGGUUCUCUAAUGGGUACGUCUUGGACGAUUACGCGGACGACAAGAAUUCGUAUGGCAUUUUUGAUUGGUCGCGUACUGAGAGUGUAGGUUGGGAUUUAGAGGAUGCCCAUUACAAUGCAAAGGGUAAUAGUAAUAGUAAUACUGAAUUGGAAAACCCCUGUGAACCGCUGAGUGAUGUUCUUGCUCGGUUGCCUGUUGACCCUUUUGGAAUGGAUAAAGGGUCCACUUUCAUGGCUAUAACUGGUUGUUUUCAAAGUUUUGAAAAGGGUUUUGAGCCAGGUGACCACGUAGGCAGCUCUGGGGUAGAUGAAGAUGGGGAAAAGAUAGUUGAUGGUUUAUUAUUGGCAGGACUGAAUUGGGUUUGGAAUAACGCUAGGAGGUUCCAUCCGGAGAUGGGAGAUGGGAAAUUUGACAAAAUACCCAUGCCCUAUGAUCAGUAUAAUGGAUUUGAGGUUGAUAGUGGAUUGUUUUAUGGUGGUUAUGUAUUGGAUGGGAGUCAUGUGGGGAAUUGGGUGGUUGACUAUGGAGCUAAGGGAGUGCAGGAAGAUGGCAGAAAAAUGGAUUCUCAUGAAGAAGGGGUUGCUCCAAAUGAGGGUAUGUUUUUUGUUUUGGGUUAUCUUGGUGUACAGGACCUUCUUUCAAUGGAAAAGGUUUGUACAUCUCUGCGUGACGCGGUUAGAAAUGAUUCUCUUCUAUGGAGAAAUCUCCUCAUCGACUGGCCAUUGAAUGAGAAGAUCACCGAUGAUGCUCUUGUUAAAUUAACUAGCAGGUCUGAAGGAACUCUUCAAUGCUUGAGUCUGCUACAGUGUAUGAAGAUCACUAAUGAUGGAUUGAAGCAUGUUCUUGUGAACAAUCCAAGGCUGGUAAAGUUGAGUGUGCCAGGAUGUGUCCGAGUUAGUGUCGAGGGCAUCUUGCUUAACUUAAGGGCCAUAAAGUCUGCAGGCACACCUGGAAUAAAGCACUUAAGAAUUGGUGGGCUUUCUGGUGUUACGGAUGAGCAGCUCAAAGAGUUGAAGUUGUUGAUGGGUGCAGAUAACCAAGUGCAGCUUAUAGCGAACAAGCCCCGGUUUUAUCGUGGAAGGCAGUCAUAUCUUUUUAAUGAUGAUGAUCGUCCCAUUGAUGUGGAGGUAUGCCCAAGGUGCCAGAAACCAAGACUGGUUUAUGAUUGCCCCGCUGAGGGUUGCCAAGGGAAACGCCAUGCUACUCAGUUGUGUAGGGCUUGCACACUCUGCAUUGCUCGAUGUUUUCAUUGUGGGCGCUGCAUUGUAGACUGUGAUUACGAGGAAACAUUUUGUCUAGACACCAUCUGUUUGGAUUGUUGGAAGCACCUGCUUACUUGCCAAGAAAGGCUUGGAGAAAAGGUUGUUCCUUCCAAGUGCACCGUUUUUCAUCAAGAGACCACCACCACAACCACCAAGUUUGCCUUUUUGACUAACGUAGCCAUUGGCAUGGCCGGCUAAACAGCAAGCCCUCUAGGGCCUUUUGCCUAAACCCCCCAGAUACAUAAAAAAUGUCAUGUCAAAUAUUAUUGUGCUCUCUCUCUUUUUUUUUAUUUUUUAUUUUACUUUUUUUAUUUUUUUAUUUUUUUUCCUUUUUAGAGAAGAAAAAUGAAAAAAGGGAGAUUAUACUUCGUUAUUGACUUCAAGAUAGGAACAAGUUAUUUCAAACUCAUAAGAUCUAUUGUCUUUUUAUUAGGUUGAAAAUUGUAUGCUAACUGAAAUUAUUUUGGCUCCCAACCAUUGUUAAUGUUUAUGUAAAAAACACAAGAUAAUCAUGUAGGAAAUCAAUGCAAAACAAUGCACAUGAAGUAAAGACAAUUUAAGAUUAUGUUGAUUGUAAAAUAGUAUAACAAUGUGGCUUUUAUAUCCCAAAUUAUUCUAACUGCUUUAAUGAAAAUAAAACAGUGGGUAAAUACUAUAAAAUAUGCAAAAAUCAGGUAUGAAUAAAAAAUAGAGAAGAAGGCUUUAACAAAGUUUAAUAUCAUUCAUUUGAUUUCUAAGGAAAAUUUAAAUAAUAGAUCGAUUUAUGUUCUAUAAUUUAAUACCAUGAUCAUUAUGUUUAAGUUUCUUAAAAAUCAUAUAGUUUUUAUGCAUUUUCUUAUUAAUAACAUUGUGAGAGUUUACACAAUUAUCUCAAUUAGUAAAUAUUAAUUCUCAAAUAAUUUUCUUGUUCCUUGAGGUUAUAUUUUAGAGUUGAAACUUAAAAAAGAAAAAAAUUAAAAUCAAAAUUAGAAGGGAACAUGUUUAGGCGUUUGGGCCAUUAGCCAUUCGAGAACAGUUUCUAAAAAUGAAAAAAAAAAUAAAAAAUAAAAAAUUGAAGAUGAAGUCUUCAAAACGACUUCUUGUCGGUUCGGCUGUUUACUGGGGAAAGCGAGAUAAGCCAACGGAGUUGUUAAAAUAAAACGACGCUGUUUUAAGCAAAGCGAAAGAAAAACAGCGCACGAUCUCUUCCAUACGUCUGCUCUUCUUCUUCUUCUUCUUCUUGCCGGUGUGACGCAUCAGCAGCUAUUUGUUUCUCUCUCUAUAUUUCUGGCUUUGGUUGAAUCAGACUUGGUUUUGUGUAGAG